UUGGCACCGCUCGGGGUCGGCGGCGCGGAGCAGGUGGCUGUGGCCGGGCAGCUGUGCCCUGAGCCUGGUGUGUUGGGUCAGAGUCCCGCCGCCUUUGUCGCCAGCCCUUGCUGGGCCGGCCCCCUCCCUGCUCCCGGCCGGACUCGGCGCCGCGUUGGGCUUUGCUGCUGCGCCCCGGGGCCCGCUCUCCGCGGGCGCUGGCAGGGAAGCGGGCGGUCAGGGGCGACCGGGACCCCAGCCCAAUAUGGCUGAAGUCAGUAUCGACCAGUCCAAGCUGCCGGGAGUCAAGGAAGUGGGCGUCUGUUGGAACCGAUUGGACAACAUGAUGAGGAUGCUUGCGAUUAAGCAGCUGAGACUAGUCUAUAGAGACUGGCCAGUUUUACAAGAUAACAUUGUCACACAACAAUGCUGCAAAUUACACAAGUCUGCCGAGAUUUUGCUGUGCUGGAGGACCACACCUUGGCUCACAGCUUGCAGGAACAGGAGAUCGAGCAUCAUUUGGCAUCAAACAUUCAGCGGAACCGUUUGGUCCAGCAUGAUCUCCGAGUGGCUAAGCAGCUUCAAGAGGAAGACCUAAAAGCCCAGGCUCAGCUCCAGAAGCGCUACAAAGACCUUGAACAACAAGAUUGUGAAAUUGCUCAGGAAAUUCAGGAGAAGCUGGCUAUUGAGGCAGAGAGACAACGCAUUCAGGAGAAGAAGGACGAGGACAUAGCCCGCCUAUUGCAAGAAAAGGAGUUACUAGAAGAGAAGAAGCGAAAGAAGCACAUUCUAGACUUGUCUGGAGCCAAUGCUUAUGGAGAUAAUUACUCUCAUGAUGAUGGAGACCACCCUAGGUCAAGGAGGGCCAGGGAAUUGGGGUCUGGCUUCUCAGAGUCUCACAGACUCCCAAGUGAUGGAAAGACUGUGAAGCAGAGAAAGGAGAAACUUAAACAUGCACUGAAGGACUCGGAAGACCUGGAAGAACACUGCUCAUCCAAGAGGCCUUUGUCAUCUUCUAACUGGGGCGGAGUGAGAGAUGAUCCUCAGAGUAACAGGGAGCAGCAUGAAAAGAAAGGAUCUGGGCAGGAGAGGCUCCAGAGAUCUCCACUUCCCAAGAUCAGUGGUGAGGUGUUUCUGAGCACUGAAGUUGAUGACUGGGAGGCUAAGCGUAGCCAUCGAACUUGGAAUUGGGAAAAACAUUCUCGACACGAAGACCGAAUUCCACCCAACUCCUCACAGAAAGCUGGGCCUCACUGCAAAGAUGUUUAUGGGAAGGACCGUGGGCAAGGUGAGCUCAGAGAAAGGAGACAUAGAUCCUGGUCUCCUCCUUUCUCAGAGAGUGAAGAGCAAGUCCACCUUCAGAACACAGGAACAAAGACAAGAGUAGUGAAAGAAGCUGUCUCUACCCCAUCACGAGUGACCCACAGGGAUCAGGAAUGGUAUGAUGCUGAAAUUGCCAGAAAGCUGCAAGAAGAGGAACUUCUGGCUACCCAGGUGGACAUGAGAGCAGCUCAAGUAGCCCAGGAUGAGGAAAUAGCUCGACUUCUAAUGGCUGAAGAAAAGAAAGCUUACAAGAAAGCCAAGGAGAGGGAGAAAUCAUCUUUAGACAAAAGAAAGCAUGACCCUGAGUGGAAGCCCAAAACAGCCAAAUCAGCACACUCAAAGUCAAAAGAGAGUGAUGAACCUCACCGUUCUAAGAGUGACAGGCCAGCACGGCCACCACCGCCUACCAUGACAGAUGCUGAGGAUUUUGAUUACACUCAUUUUACAAACCAGCAGAAUUCCACACGCCAUUUCUCAAAAUCAGAGUCCUCUCACAAAGGUUUUCAUUAUAAGCAGUAAAAACCUAGGAAUCUGCUUCAAAAAUGGACUCACUAUAGCAAAUAUUACUGGAUGAUACAGAAUUCAUUUCACAACUUAUUUUUUCUUCCCAUAUUUUUGCAUUCCUGGGAUUUAUCCUCAAAUGUUUUUGACCGUGAAUAUUUUUAAUUCAUUUUAUAUUUUGAUUACUUGUGAUCACUUGGGUAGUAUAAGAAAAUGUUGCUUCUGAAUACUGGCCGUUUCUGUGCUACAUAGACUUCCUGGGACAUAGUGUCUAAGAGCUCUGUCAAAUGCCGUCUUGUUAGGUAUGGAGUAACUAGGGACUAGUCUUUAUUUAGCAACUUGAAUUUUAUGGAGAUGAAUGUUCAAAGUAAAAAUGAUGUUUGGAUGCAAUGCAGAAUAAAAGAAUAUAUGAAAUAGCUUUUCGGUGCAUUAGUGUAUGAUAUUUUUUGAAGGGUAGAGCCUUGGCUUUUUGUACUCUUCAGGAAAAGAAAAAAAAUACAACCAUUAAGUAUUAAAAAAAGAAACACUUGUAACAAUUGAAAUACGUUAUUCUGAUUGCAUGGACUAUAGGAUUUUGUAUAUCCUUCUAAACCUUCUACAGAAAUGGCCUAGGUAUUAUUAUUUAACACUUGCUCUUCUCUUGCUUCCUCAGUAGCAAGGGCAGUGGACCAUUUAUUAGUAUUAAUUGGCAAAAAUGUAAUUCUGUGAAGUUUUAACUCAGAUCUAUGCAAAGUCAACUGCAAGUGAAAACUUUAUAUCUCUUCUCUUUUUUUACAUUUACUUGUAGAGCCAAGGAAUGAAAUGGAAUUUCAUGAAAUUCCAUGAAAUGGAAUUGAAGACAGUUACAUAAAUAAUGAUGCCAUCUCUCUGGAAGUAUACUGAAGUUUUUCUCUUGCUUAAUGUCAUAGCAGUAUUUGUUGGCAGCUUCUCAAUAAUGUUUUGUUUAACCUGCUGGUAAUUAGAUUAAUUCAAAACAAAGUUGAAUUUCAUAAAGUGGUUCUUUAUUCAAAUAUUUGGUUUUAUACAUUUGUUAAUGGAGAUUGUAUUCAUUUGUGUAAGACCUUUAAACUUAGCUGUAAGAAAUUUAGUCUUUGUAUAUAGCUGCUAACCUCAUGGAAAUGUUUAUUUUUCCAUGCUUCUUAGUUAACAUAAGUGGCAGUCAAGCUGUAUACACACGCACUCACAUACAUACAAGCACACCAUCAUAUAUAUAUGUGUGUAUAUAUAUAUACACACACAUCUGCACAUAUAUACUAUAUCUCUUCAGCUUCACUUGCUGUAUUUUUCAUUGUAAGAAUCUGACAUUUUUGGCAUUUCAAGAUGGCGUUUGUUUAGGAAAGAAUUACAUAGGUCACUGGAGAAAAAGUUAUUAAUUUUUUUUCCCGCAUUGGGAACUGCCUUCUGUUUGCCUUAUCUUUUCACAUAGUCUGUAAAGUUGGGCAAUAUUCAGGAAGCUAUUUAGAACAGUUUCUCAGAGUGGAUUUGGAUCAUUGUUUUGGGAAAGAUUUUUAGUUUCAUAAAGUUUUUGGAUUGCAGGAACUUGAGUAAGAGGGAUCUAAGAGUUAAGUUCAGGGCACAUGAUAAUCCAGAAAGAUAAUCUCUAUUCCUUAGGGAUAUAGUCAUUUUGGAGAAAUGGAAAGGAAAAACAACAGGAUUUUAUAUAACUGUGAUGAAUAAAGAAAAAUCUUUGUUUAUUUAGAGAAUGGGAGACAGAAUGGAGGUCCUGGCCUUAAGUUAAAUUCCUGAUAGUGCUUUUGAUAUUCAAACCUUAGGCCUUACUGAAUUAUAGCAAUGCUGUAUUUUUCUUUAGCUACCCUAUGAUUUGUUCUUAAAAGGGUUUUUUCAGUGGUAUCUUUAAAGAAGAAACACAUGUAUUUUUAUUUGAUGAUUAGGAAAAUGGGCAAUACCAUUUGCCAUAUUUUUAUUUUAUAAAUGUUUAUUUUUCUAUCUCAUACAAUGAUCAGUUUUACCUUAAAAAUUAUGUGUUUCAUCUGCUUCUCAUGUACUUCAUCCAAUCAUAUUUAUUAUUAUAAAAUGUUAACUGGAGAUACUUCAUUCAAAAAAAAAAUGUUAAACCACUUAAUACAUAACCAGAAUGUUAGUGUAUCACCUGUCGUAGUGACCAAAGGUGGUAUCUCCCUUGUGAUAUCCAAUCAACAUCUCUAUUACAUAUUUGUUACUUUUUUUAGGUUUUUUAAAAAUAAGAAUUUUAAAAUAUCGUAUCUUUAUUUUUUUGUAAAGCAAGCAUUUUUUAAGAGUAUCAGAGUAAUUAUUACCUUAUGAAUAAGGAAAUAGAAAUCACACUCAAUCACUUAAAUCCUCUUGUUUUUUGUCAUUCCAAUAGUGUGAUAAUUAUCUUUGCCACUAUAGUAGCAACUAGUGACUGUAUUUUAAUGAACUGCCAGAUACUCUUCACUGUGUUCUCUAUUCUUUGUCAUUUUUAUAUAAAUGUGGAAGCAUUUAUUUUACUUUAUUCCUGCUUCUGGAAAAUGGUGCAGUUUAAUUUUUAGGCCCACAUAUACUAUGUUUUAAUGUUACCAUGUAAACUAAUACUUCUGGCCUCGGAAAACCUUUCUGUUUCUAUAUCUGUUCUUUGGAUACCAGGCGCCUUUAACAGCAGUAUUGUUGAAUAAGCACAAGAUGUUAUGGAGCUUUAUUAUAAGGCUGCUUGCCAUGUACACCCCCUGUGUAAAUCCUUGCCUGGGAGUGAGGUUAGAUAGAAUCAGAUUAAAUGUUUUGACUUGGAAAAGAUUUUGACUCUAUUCUUGAAAAUCUUAUACAAGAUUUUUGUUGUAGUAAUGGCCAGUUACUUCAUUUGCUUUUAAAAGAACAUUGAGAUUUUUAGAAUGUGACUUUGUGUACUAUUGAAUUACCAUUUCUCAAGUGACUUUACAGUAACCAGCAACAACAUGAACUGUAAAAGAAAAACUAUAUGGUUUUUGAUCAUAGAGAAACAUCUAAAUUAGAAAACAAAGGUAUGGUUAGAUGGUCUCAGGUGGAAAACCUUUUUAGAAUGGCAGUGGCCAUGUAGAUCUAGGUCGACAUUUUUCAAAAUGUUUGACCUUGGGCCUUACGUUUAUAGAACUCCCUCCAAAAAAUUCUGAACCCAACCUGUUUCCCCUUUCCUUCUCUGCUUUGGUGUGAAGCUGAACUCGACGGUGAAUAAAUUCAUUACUGACUGUUGUCCAUCUCAUUUCCUCAAAGUUGGAACUUUUCAGUAUAUAAAUAUUUAGUUUUUAACUGGUAACUAAUUUUGUUUAAUACUGCCAGAUCUUCUCUAAAUUUUAUGUUGUGCCAAAGUGGAAAUACCUAUUCUAAUAUGGUGCAUUGACUUAACCACUAAAGUGGUUAACAUUUUAAAGCCUUGAUUUUUAAGGAGCAUUGCCUUUGUGGAAAAACUACUACUUUGGGAAUAUCAAGAGGAAUCAUGAUUUAGUGAUGAUUUUCUUAAAAGAUAAACUGUGAUGAUGGGCUGUAAGAUCUUAUGCCUAAUAAAGGAGUAAGAACCCUGUGUACACAGCUUUCCGAAGGGCUGAGAAGAGAACAGAGCUGGCAGGGAGGGAAUUUUUCUUUUUUGAGAAGACAACAUUUGUGUAGGGAGCCUUAACAUUGAAAGGAAGCACUGUUCAGGUAGACUUCACUGUACAUAGUGUGCCGUAUUCUGACAGCAUAGGCUUUGUAGAAACAAUCACAACAAGUCAAAACCUGAUGUUUCAACAGAAACAAAAAAGAUUUUCACAGCACUUUCUUCAUUACUUAGAGCUCUUCUAUAGUCAGAGAAGUGACGAUAUAAAGUGAUCCCCUUGUGUCCUCAUUUCUGGUGGUGCCUGUGAGUCUUAAAGCCAUAUCUGCUUAUCUUAUUAGUAAAAGAAUCCUUUUUUCUUCUUAGCCCAUGCUAGGUAGUAUGGGCAGGUAGACGCAAAACGGAGGCUGUCCUGUUAAUGCUGUUUGGGGCACGGUGUCAUCCAAAUCUUGGUGGAAGAAUCGCUUUUGUUCAUGAUAAUAUGUAAGACUAUUUAUUAAAGGGAAGAAUCAGAGGCUUUUGCUACUCCUGGCAUUUAACAGCUAUCAUUAGAAAUGCUGAAAUUGUAUUUUAAAGGAGUCAAGAAAGAAAGGGUAAACUGGGAAAAUCUCACAGUCACCUUUUUGACGAGUCCUGCACUUCGUGCCAACAGUGCCUGUGAGGAGCAGUAUUGCCUUGAUUUAGUUUGACUCUAACCAAAGCCGGUGAACGUUACUUCUCCUUUGUGUGAACUAUAGUCAACUCUCCAUCGAGAUACAAAAUUCACAGAUGAUCCCCAAGCUUUCUUGUCAUCAGGAGCUUCGAACCUACUCUCCUACAGAGCGGUGGCUGACCUGUAACAUUGAUAGGUCUAUCAUUUUAAUCCAAUCUGUCAACCUCUGGUAAGCAGUGGUCUGACCAAAAAGACUAGUAGAAGGAGAAUGAGAAUUUCCUGGCCAUAUCCUUCCCACCAGCUGAUCGCCUCCUGAAUAAUUGAGAGUUGACUAUCCUUUUCUGUAGUGACUAUCUUGAAGAUAUUUACAAAGGUUCUUUUGUGCAGUGAAGACAUUCAGAUUAUUUGUAAGAAUCUCACCAACACUCUUGUGUAUUGAUAUGCUCACCAUUAACAAAAAAAGGAGAAACCAAACAAAAUAGAGAUGUUUACUCGAAAUGGGAGAUUUGCUUAUGUGAAGUGUUUCUAUUUUAUUACUUUGAAGAAAAAAAUAAACCAGAAAAACUUCUGCUUUGUCAGGAGGACACCACAGUGGUUUUUAAAGGUUUUAUUUGAUGCCACAAAGUAAUGCAGUCAUGUUGAUUUCGUGAAAAUAGAUGGCCCUAAAAACCAUUUUCUUUUAUCUCCAUAUGUGAACACUCCCUAGGAACAUGUUCUUAAUAGACUCAAUAUGCAUUUGUAUAUUCUCGAUAAACCAGAAAAUGUUUUUCUCUUUUUGGGUAAUUUUUCAUAGCAUAGAGAACCAACACUAUGCUAGUUUCAAUACGUCACAUUACAUAAAGGCAAAAUUACUUGUGUAGCUUAGUACUCUAUUAUUAUUCAUUGCUGAGGUUCAUUAUAUAAAGAAUAGAAAAAUUGAAAGACAGGGUUUGAGUGACAUUUCCUUCACUAAAAGAGCAAGAUAAAGAACAGUGAAGACAGUUGAGAGAAUGUACUAUAAUAUUUACUUAAGAUACAUUUUUAUUGGACUGAAGUUUCAGACUGUAAUUCCUAAAAUAAUUUCUUGCUGAUAAACUUGGUAAGAAGGUUUUUGAUGUCAAAAUUUUUGUACUUCUGAUUAAAUUAGUCUAUGAAGGCCCCAUAGGCUGUAACUUCAGCAUUUGCUGUAAACUGAAAGCCAAAUACCCUUUCUCAGAAUAGGUGUAUAUUGGGGAGAUAGCGUAUAAAAAUGAUGUUCCAAAGUGAGAAUUCUCUGUAAUGGCAUUUCCUAAAACAAAAAUAUAUGCCAGCAUGUUGUGUUUUGAAGAGGUGCUAAAUUAAAAAUAUAAUAGUUUGCUCAUAUAAAUCAAGUUGCUCAGGAAAUUUGAGGCGAUGUUGUCAUUUUUCUUAAAAUUGGGAAAAGUGGUCUCUUGAAAUAGAGACUACACAGUGGCCUGACACUUUCAAAUUCUUUGGUAUGGCGAUGUGUAUAAAACAAAGGAGAUAACUAUCUCAAGUGCUCAUUGAUUUAUAGCCAAGCCCCUGAGGUUUAGGCAGCUUUGAAGUAGCUAUUUCAUGGAACUGAACAGAACAUUCAUGGAAUAUGGUUGCCUAUAUGAGGACAGAAAACAGGCCACCUCCAACCACAUGCCUACCUAGAGAUUAAGUAAAACUGUGAGAGACACUUUGUGGAUGCCUUAUAGGGGACCAGUAGUGGGUGCUGGUGGGUGUAUG